UGCUUCAUUCAGAGAAGGAGUUCCACGAUGCAGCGAAGCGUAAUGACACAGCCAGGAUGGAGGAGCUCAUCAGGAGAGGGGUCGACAUCAAAGCCAAAAACAAUACAGACCGGACUGCCCUGCACUGGGCCGUGGGAGCAGGGAACGUGGAUGCUGUGCGACUGCUCCUGGAUCACGAUGUCCCAGUGGAUGACAAAGACAGUUUUGGAAUGAAUGCGCUUCUCCUGUCUGCCUGGUUUGGCCACCUCCGUGUCCUGCAGAUCCUCGUCAAUGCUGGGGCCAAGAUUAACUGUGUCAAUAAGAAUGGCAGGAACCUGCUCCACUGUGCAGCUCAGAGGGGACACAUCCAGGUGAUAAAGUUCAUCAUGGAGGACCUGGAGGACAUGUGUGUGGAUAAGACAGACAAGAUGGACAGGACAGCAUUUCACUUGGCUGCAGAGUAUGGGCAACUGGAGGUGGUGGAGUUCCUAAUUCAACUUGGUUGUUCUCACAGUGCCAAAGACAAGGAAGAAAAUACAGCGUUGCAUUUAGCUGCUAAAAAUGGACAUCUCUCUGUGCUGCAGAAGAUUAUAGAUGUUGGAACGGACCUUGAUGAAAAGAACUUAGAAGGACUUACAGCUCUGCACCUGGCUGCUGAGGGAGGUCACAGCCACUGCGUGAAGCUGCUCUUGGAAGCAGGUGCUGAUGUCAAUGCCCAAACCCAGAAGAAGAUGAAUUGCCUUCAUUACGCAGCACUGCAUGGCCACGAGGAGAUAGCCAGGAUCCUCAUGGAUGCAGGAAUCCACCCAGGUGCUCUUAAUCAUCAAAACGCAUCAGCGACGCACAUUGCGGUACUGCAGAACUUCCCAGCCGUGGUGAAGCUCUUCAUCGAUGCAGAGUGUGACCUCGACAUUCCAGAUAAUAGGCAGCAGACCCCACUCCACAUCGCUGCGGAGCAUGGCAGGCAGGACAUUGCCGAGAUGAUUCUCGUUGCAGGAGUUAAUCUGAAGCUAACAGACAAGCAAGGGAAAACAUCUCUGGAUGUCGCCGCUCGAGGCAAUCACAUCAACUUGGCGGACAUGAUCAUCAAAGCCGAUCGGUUUUACAAAUGGGAGAAGGACAAUCUGAACAGCGACUCCGACUCCUGGGUGGCAAAGCACUUGACCUUUAAACAAGAUCACAGGCUGGAAACACAGCACAUCCGCUCAGUGAUGUGGAGAUUAGCUACCAAGUACCUCAGACCUGGUGAAUGGAAGAAGCUGGCACAUUACUGGAAAUUCACUGAUGCCCACAUUAGGGCCAUUGAGCAGCAAUGGACAGGUAUGAAAAGCUACAGGGAGCACGGCCACAGGAUGUUGCUUAUCUGGCUGCACGGCGUGAUCACGGCAGGAGAAAAUCCAAUCAAGGGAUUGUACGAAGGGCUGGUGGGGAUUGGAAGAAGAGAUUUAGCAGAAAGCAUUCGGAAAAAAGCAAACGCAGACUCUACCUCUCCGCGGAAGUGCACAGCAAUGUAA